AUGCAAUUUAAUGUAUGUCACCAUCAGGACACGUCAUAUUGUGUAACAGUCUCAAUCGAACCCAAAAAAACAUUGAAAAAGUUGAAAGAGAAAGUCGUUAAAGCACUUAGUCCAAGUGCUCGAGCAGACGAUAUCGAUUUAUAUUACAAUACCGACAAAUGGCGUAAACUCCACUCGGGAAGACUAAAUGAAACGUUGAUUGAAAUGAAGGUCAUAAACGAAAUAAUCAAAAACAAAAAUGUGCUAUUCGUUCAUCCCAAAGAAGGUGGUUUUAUUCAGAAACCGAACUCUACUACGUAUUCAAAAACAUCAAUGUCUAAAACUAAGGCGAAGCCGCAGACUAUUAUAGUAGUAAAUCGUCUAUUAUCAGGGCAGCCACUCUAUUUAAGUAACCUUAAUGUCACACCAAAUGAACUGAAACGAGAAGCCAUAACUUGCUUAAAAAUCAGCUUACCGUUGGAAUACGUGAAAAUAACUGCAGGUUCCUUACAAAUCAAAAAUGAAUAUGGAGAAACAUCUUUGGUUAACCUUGGUAUAGACGGUAACGAUCUCAUAACUAUCGAAAGAAUUAUAAUUCCCAAUCAGAAACAAAAAGAAAACGUUCUCCAAUCCAUUAUUAGGGAUUCAAAACAUGUACAAGAGGACAAUCCAUCAAAACAGGAAAACGAUUCAAAGUUUCCAAUAACGUUAGUAUAUAUCGAGCAAUCUGCCACGAAACCGAAAUCAUUUAGUCACGAAGUGUUGCGUACACAGAACGUAGAACAGUUGACAAAACAACUUAUACAACUAUUAAAGCUCUCGUUAAAACCGGAUCAGGUACGUUUAACAGAUCAAGAACCCAAUCCUUACCAGUUGGUUUUUGAUAAAAUUAAGCCGAAACAAACAUUAGCCGAAUUAGGAAUACAGCCAGGUUCGAUAAUCACAUUUGAGUACACAGAUCAAACAUCGGUUCCUAAACACGGCCAAAACUGCGUGAGGGAACGUCAGAAAUCGAUACCCGAUGAAGUUUCUUCCAAAACGAAAACACAAGUCGAAAAAACAGUGGAUGUGUACUUAAUCGAGGGCCGUAAGAAAACGGAAGUUCAGUGUACAGUAACCGUUGAACAAAAUAUUGAACAGCUGAAACAGAAUGUGAUCGAAAAACUCAAACUGCCUCUUCGAACAGAAGAUAUUAUUUUAAUCAAAUACAGAACAAAUAAGAAAGAUUACGAGUUUUUAGAGAGCAGUCCAAAACAAAAACUUUCUGAAUUGGAAAUAGAGGAAAAUUCAGUUAUUGUUUUUGAAUGCAAAAAGCAACACGAAGCUAAGCUAAAAGCAACCGACUGUGACCCUUGCACAGCUCAGCCUGACCACCAAACUAAGCACCUAAUUCAGAAAACAAAUCAAGGAAGACGGGGUCUCCGUAACAUUGGAGAUAGUUGCUUUAUGAACAGUGCUCUACAGUGUUUGAGUAACGUACCACAGUUAACAAAUUAUUUCAUAGCGAAAAUAGAAGCAUCGCCACAAACAAAUCCGUUUAGAAAAUACGGUGAAGCGGGUGAAUCGUACGCCACUUUCAUUAACUACAUGUGGUGCAAUGAAGAGCAUAGUUCGUCAUAUACUCCCACUCAAAUAAAACAUAGCGUUAGCCAAUACGCGCCGAGAUUUUCCAGUAGCUCGCAACAAGACACACAUGAAUUUAUGAUAUUUUUCCUUGGUGCACUGGAUGAUGAUAUGCAGAAGCAAAAACCAAAACAUGCUAGUCUUAUAGCCGACCUCUUCCACGGUUGCAUCGAAUCGAUCGUCACAUGUGCGACAUACAAACAUGUCGAAACAACCCCGAAUAUCAUCAGUUUUUUACCUCUACCACUCGAGAAGCGUGAGCGGUAUUUCU